CACACUCCACCUUAGGAUCUUAAGAAAGCAGCACCUGUCUUCCUCAGAGUUUUUAAAUGAUUUUCGGUAGUAAUGCGCUACACCUGCAAUGUCUUAAUAGCAACCUGUGAAUCAUACUGCAGGAAGUGGUCUGAUAAUCAGUUAGAUUCAGAGGUUGUUUUUUUUUCUGAACUCCAGGAUUGAGUCUCCUAAGUAUCAAUGGAUCCUACAUUGCUCCUGCAUCGGUCUGUCGUUCCACAUCCAGUGGACCUUCUAUCUGGAACGACAGCUCAAAGCUGCUCUGAGAACAACCUGAGGUUUAUCUGUGAGUUUAAGCCCGGGCCUGGUCCACUGCAGGUGUCUGUAGAUGAGGAUUUCAAUGUCAAUAUGGACAGCGAGUCAGUAUCAGUCAUCCUCCCUGCACAGUGCAGUGUCUACCAGCUGCGGCUGCGCAUCUGUAUACAGGCACAGGAACAAAACUGCCAUCCAGACCCACUUGCAAUCCUGGACCCAGAGAAAUACACUCUGCUUUAUGCCAGGGGGGAUGACUGGUAUGAGGCCUACGAUGACUGUCAGGUUAUCAGGACGUCAGACAUUCCAUGGUCAUAUGACAACACUGGGCGUCUGUUGGCGCACAUAGUGGUAACACCACUUGUGGCAGUUGACUCAGAGGAGAGGAAGAAACAGCAGGAGUGUCUGGCUGAACUGAUAGGACACAACCUGGAGAAAGAAGCAUCUGACAGGCUUGGUGAGCUCACAUUCACCCGCAGAAAACUGGCUUCUCCGAGAAGACAAGAGCUGAGGGAUCGGGAUGAUGAGUUAUACGCCACAGAACCUUGGAUAACACAUGCCCCCAUUCCAAAUGACCUACAGGACCAGCUAAACAGAAAGCUUCCUGUCACCCUUCAUUAUAUGAGCAAGCUCAGCUUCAGCAUACAGGUGGAUUUUAGUGCAACUCCAAGUGUACUUCUUACGGUUUUUAGAAAGGUGAUGGCAGAUCAGGGGCUCGUUUACGACACUUCUGAAAGGCUGGUGUUGAAGGUCUCUGGGAGGGAGGAGUUUUUAUCUGGAGACUACCCCCUGAGCAGUUUCCUCUGGGUUCGACAGUGCUUAAAAGCCAUUCAUGACCUCCACCUCUCUGUGGUCCCUGUGUCGCAGGUUGUCAAUGAGACUGUCAGGUUUGUAGACUUGCCACUCGUUGAUGGUUCCAGUGGCCAGUUUAGCUCCCACGAUGACCUCCGCCUUGAAGGGAAGGAUCUGGACGACAUUUUCAUGAUAUCCUUGUGGGACUGCAACAGAAGACUCAGAGUGAAGCUGCUUGGCUUUGACAUCCCAAAACUUCCAAGCAAAUGCCCUCAGUCAGUUUAUGUAACAGCAUCCAUACUUUAUGGUAACAAGGUUCUCUCUUCGGUGUCCUCAACUCCCAAGGCCUUCGCAGAUGAAGUGCUGUGGAAUGAGUGGCUUGACUUUGAUGUUCUCCUCAGGGAUCUGCCACGUGGAGCCAAGCUGGGCUUCACGAUUAAUGCUAGUGCUGGUGACAUCACCCCAGACCGAAAGUCCACAAUAAUCAAAGACCCAAAGCCGCCACUGCCCUCAGUCACUAAAGCACCAGACCUGCAGAAAGGGAAGGGGAAGGUGCUCUACUUUGUCAAUCUCCUGCUCAUUGAUCACAGGUCCGUCCUAAGUCAGGGCCCCUACACCUUGCACAUGUGGUUCUACCCAGACCUGGAUGAUGAGGCCAUCACCUACCAGGCAGACAAGCUCUCCUCUGCUACCAACCCAGACAUAGCUGACUCCAUGGCUAUCAGCUUCCUUCUAGAUCGCUACAGUUUCCCUGUGGUUCUGCCAAAUAGCUUCAGCUCCUCUCAAUGCUCCACCAAAUCUACUGCUUCCCCCGAUGCUCUCUCCUCCUCGCCCCCUUCCAACGUAUCUAGCGCGGAUUCUUCCUUUCUGAAUGUGAAACCUCUCCAGAAUUCAGGGAUUGACACUGUGUCUCUCAGAUCCCCGUCUCCCGUCACCAGCACCAACAAGUCUUGCCUCAGAAGGUUCCGGGAGGAGAGCCUCCGCUACGCCUCCAAUCUGCCCCAUUAUCUGCGCAGUGUUAAUUGGAUGAACCGUAGAGCAGUUGAGGACAUCCACUGGCUACUGGGAAUGCUGGAUCCUGGAGAACUGGACGUAACAGUGGCUCUGGAGCUGUUAAGCAUGGACUUUGCUGAUGUGACAGUCAGGAGACUUGCAGUCCAGAGAUUGGAGUGCCUGUCCAAUGACGAUGUAUUGAAGUAUUUGCUGCAGCUAGUGCAGACCCUCAAAGUGGAACCUUACCAUGACAGUUUCCUCGCUCGGUACCUCAUCCAAAGAGCCCUGCGGAGCAAGAGGAUCGGCCACUUCUUCUUCUGGUAUGUCCGCAGUGAGGUGGCAGGGUGUCCGUACUUCCGCCAGCGCAUGGCUGUGAUUCUGGAGGCCUACCUGCUGGGCUGUGGUCAGGCCAUGCUCGACAGCUUCACCCAGCAGGUCCAGGCUGUGAAGGCCCUAGAGGAGGUUGCUAUUAUGAUUAAGAAAAUGUACCCCGACAAGACUGACCUUCCUCCUACAGCUCCCCUCAGGCUUCAAGAGCUUCUUAGGAACUGUAAUUUGCCAAAUGAAUUCCUGCUCCCCUUUGACCCGCGCAUCAAAGCUGGAAGCAUUCUGCUGGACAAAUGUAAGGUGAUGGCCUCCAAGAAGAAGCCACUGUGGCUUGAGUUCUCUCCCAUGCCAUCGCCCACCUCUGCUACACCUGUCGGAAUAAUUUUCAAAGAGGGGGACGACCUCAGACAGGACAUGCUGGUCAUUCAGACGCUGGUGGUGAUGGACUCUAUCUGGCAGGAGAAAUCACUGGACCUUAACCUUAUUCCAUAUGGCUGCAUCUCCACAGGACACAACAUAGGUAUGAUUGAGAUUGUGAGGGACGCAGCGACCAUUGCUGCAGUACAGAGGAACCAUGGAGGAACGAAUGGAGCCUUCAGAAACGAUGCUCUGUUUGAGUGGCUCAAGUCCAAAUGUCCACUCCAGGAAAUACACUACAAGACAGUGGAGAGAUUUGUGAAGUCCUGUGCUGGUUACUGUGUGGCCACCUAUGUUCUGGGUAUAGGAGAUCGACACAAUGACAACAUCAUGGUCACAGACCAAGGGAACCUGUUUCACAUCGACUUUGGUCACAUCCUGGGCAACAGGAAGCACUUCCUUGGUGUGAGCAGGGAACGUGUACCAUUCGUCCUCACACCUGACUUCCUGUAUGUCAUGGGUAGGGGCAAAGGGCGCAACAGCCUCUACUUUCAGCGGUUCAGGGACACCUGCACCCAGGCAUACCUCUCCCUGCGUGCGCAUUCUCGUCUACUGAUCACUCUUUUCUCCGUCAUGCUGCUGACGGGUAUCCCGGAGCUGAGUGCUGCAGAGGAUAUGCGCUACCUGCGGGAGGCAUUGCAGGAGGAACAGAAUGAGGCAGAGGCCAAGGAGCAUUUCCUUCAGCAGAUCGCUGAGUGUGAGCAGAAGGGCUGGACCGUGCAGGCCAACUGGUGGAUCCACAUGGUGGCAGGCAUCAAGUAGACUGUAGAGGAUUUGAAAUCUGAAAUCAUGAUGCUUCAGGCCUGAAGGAGGGGAAAUGGUCACAUGUCUGUAUGUAAAUUUUUUAAAAAUUUGUUUUCAUUGUUUAUUUUUUAUGUGUUAUUAUUAUAGAUAUGUAUUGUCUAGUAUCCCUCUCCUUCUCAACAGCUCUUAUGUCAUGAUAUGCUUUUAGCAGCAAAGAUGCUCUUCAGACUUGCUAAACAGUAUGGGCAAAAACAUUACAAGCAUGAUAUCCUUAUGGUUACACACUGUACAUACAUGGGCUGUAUACAGUACACUGUCCACGUGUGCAUCAGUUUUGGAUCAUUACGAACAGCGCCUCAAUUUAGGCUUGUGACAUGCAUUGUGUCUUUUCAAAAUACGUUCACAGGAAAUGUGAAUGUACAGUUUCUACUCCAGGGGCGUAAUUGGGGCCCAUAGGGUGGGGGGCCCAUAGAGAAAGCAGGCCCUUGCAAGUGAUUCAGAAUACCACCUCAGAAAUAUAGCUGUGUUCAAAGAGGAAUGAUGUUUUUUCUUCUUUUUCCUUUUCAAAAUAUGGAAUGAUUUUUGCUUGGUUAUAUGUACUACGUUGAUGUUGUCAAGUCUCUAUUUGAUCCUGUGAAGAGACGAUACAUGCGCAACAGCGUGCACAAAGGCCCAUCAUAACAGCAUGCACUGGGGCCCAUGAAGAUUACCUUAUGCCAAGGCUCAGCUCGUUACUUACAUACAGUCUUUUUUAAAAUAAGCUUGCUACAUAGGUAAAACACUUCAUUAUCAUGUUUCCUUAAGUUUAGGCAACAAAAAUCCCUGGAUAGAUUUAGGCAACAAAAGCACUUUGCUUGAGGUAAGGGAAAGAUGGUGAUUUUGGUUAAAUGGUUACAAAAAAGCUAAUAAUAAUGCUAAUAAUAACGAUGCUGGAAUGGAAGAUGGAAAACAAAUGAAAUAGGCCUACAUUGUCAUCAACAUUUUCUCGAUAUCUUGUUUCAUCAACGUUUUUAGGACUUGCCAGGUGCAUUAAUCAUUAUGUCAUGUAUCCUUUUUUUUUAAACUGUCCAUUUUGAGAAACAAUGUUAUAGGAAUGCAAUAGUUAAUCAAAAGAAAUAAACGGACCAUUUUUACAGCAAUUACUGAUGUGAAUUUUACGUUAGUCUGGUUGACAUAAAAAUGUGGAGAUCAAUAAGAUAACAUUAAUAAUGGCCUGCUCCUUGUCAUGUAAAACCCCUUCAUACCACGAUAGGUCUUACAGAGGAGGCACUCAGUGGGACGUGACGAAUGGAGAACUACUUAAACAUCCACGUGUCAGUGAGAAUUGGAUGCCAUUAACGACGUGGUUAAUUCCGAGAUAUGAGACUGACCAGUGGCUGCUACUUUAGGCUGUAAUAACGAUGCCCUGGUACAUAGGUACCCCAAUGGACAUAUGCACAUACAUACUCCUACCCACACACCCAUAUGUACAUACAUAUAUAUAUAUAUAUAUAUAUAUAUAUAUAUAUACACACACAUGUACAUACAUGCUCGUCUGCAUACAUCUACACCCAUGUACCCAUCUAAUACGCUAUUGAGUUGCAUAAUGGGAAAUGCAAGACUUCUGUAUUUUGUAGCCUGUCCCAACUUAGGGAAUAAAAAUAAGGAUAUCCCAACCUCUUCUGUUUUGAUUUUGACUCUUCCUUUUUCUGUCUCUUGCUAGUACAACAACUAUGGAAGUACAAUCCUACAUCACUGGGGUACCUUUUAAUUUGUUUUUAUAAAGCAUGUAAAAGGUGAAAUGAAAGAGUCUGACUUCAUUUGUGUUCAUAUUGCUGAAAGUUGUACUGAUUUUGAAUCAAAUAAAAACCUAAAUGAUGUAA